AUGCCAAUCGACGACAUCUGCGAUACGUUAUCUGUUGGUGUUAAUAACUUCAUGCUUGAAGGCGCCUCGGUGGACCGCGAUGGUUCUGUCAUGUCGGAGGUGCGAAACAUUACGAUGGUCCAUGAAAUUGUCGAUUGUGCCAAGAAGUAUAAUACCAGCACAUCCCUCGGAUUAUGGACGGAUGAGUGCCCAUUUGGCGAGUGCUCACAGAACACAUUUGAUUUCUUUACCUUUGAAAACCAGAUUCAGCCCUAUAUCACUCAAUAUAAUGUAGAGGAGGUGAGAUAUUUCAUUUGGGCAGGAGCGUGCCAGCAAUUAUUCUGGCAAAUCGCGCAGAAUGUGAGCAACAUUAUCCGCCACAACUUGGUGACCAAGUCUGGGGAGCCAGUCAGAGCUUCGAUUGGCUUCGCUGUGGAGCCUGAAGACUCACCCCUGUGGAACUAUAUCAAGUUAUCCAAGAUUGAAGACUACUUCGAUGUCAUAUCGGUUCACUUUGGACAUCCGGGACCUACCGACGAGAGCGUUAUUAAUGACACGGUCGCACGCAAAACUGUUGAUUACCUCAUCAACCUCGGGAUACCACCUCAAAAACUGGAACUUUCAGUUGAAACUCUCGGCUUCAUGGAGAGGACUAAUCGACCUAUCGAUUACAAGGAACUGAUCAAGAAGGGUGCGCCUCCCUACUCGGACGGUCACUUCGAUGGCUAUAUCUACCAGUCACAGAAACAAGUUGUGGAGAAGACUCGUAUCAUUGAGGAAAAGACUUUGUACGGGUUCAGUUUGCCGACCAUCCUGAAUGACUUACCCGCCAAGAAUAAUUCUUCUUUACUUCAUGCUGCAUUUUACUACUCGUGA